UUUUGAACCCCAACCAAUUGCCCACGUCGACGCAGCGAAGCAAAAGGGUAGCGAUCUUCAGCACGAAGUCGCCGGCGAGGAGAACACAAAUUUGGAGAACCAAUCGACUCCUCGAAUCCCUUCGAUCUUUCACUGCCGCCGCCCUGCAAUUCGCCGGAAACAUCCGCCGCACGCCGGAAAGUUAAUGUCUUCCGACGGCAAAUGUCACCCGUUAUGUUAGACUUUCGGUCACCUGUCUCUUCCUCCUCCCAUAAGGUUCAAUCCAAUCGUUACACAUCGCAGAGGUUUGUUACAGGCUGUAUACCUUCACCCCCUUCUCAUCAUAUCUUUAAAUCAGGCGGCAUUCCCGAUCCUUCUUCGUCCAUGGAUCGAUCGAACCUAGGGCAAGGGGUUUCGGCUACUACGGAGAAGCUUUCGGUUCCACGUUUCCGGAAGCAGAGGAAGCGAUUAGGUAUUUCUCGUGCGUCGCCCGCGAACCCUGCAUCGGAUGGUGGUGCCGGUAUCGGGCAGUCUAGGUCGAAAACGCUUUAUGCUGUUCCUUUUGAUCUGGGAGAAGAUAGUGGGACGCAGUGUGUGCUGGAGCGGUUAUAUGGAUGGAAGCCUUUUGUAUCGGAUGCAUCAAAUUGUUCCAGUUCUGGAACAGGAGUUGUGUUUAGCGCUGGUUCGUCAGGAUCAAAUGCUAGUUCGAGCAGUAUUGGGGUGGGGAGUGGUAAAGGCGCUGCGUUUGAUGUUUGUGACGGAGGUAGAGGCGAUAUUGGCGAGGGAAAUUUUGUGUUUGGUAGGGGAAUGGAGAAAGUUGCUAGCUGGAGUAGUAGCUCUUCGCAGAGCUCGUGUACAAAGAACUUGGGCAAUGACGACUCCGCUAAAUUAAAAAGUUCUGAAACAGGAAUACCAGUGGGUGGUUCGUCUUGCUCUCUAGUUGAAGAUAAUAUGUUCUCUGAUAAGGGUGUAUUUGUUUUUGGGGUCAGUGGAAGGAAUGAUGGUAAUUUGUACAACGGUUCGUCGUUGGGAUUGGAGAAUGAUGCAACCUUUAAAUUGAAUUCAAGCAAAAAUGUUGACGAGAAAAGUGGGAAGCCGGAGUCUGGUAUGUUUGCGCAUUGGAAUGGAGAGAAGAAAAGCAUCCAUCCAAGCAAAAACUCUUAUUUUAUCCCUGGUGAUGGUUUAUGUAGUGAACAACCUGACAGAGCCAGGAAGAAGGAUCAGGAGAACUCUGGUAAUGUGGACUCUCGGAAGGCAGACAGUGGUGUAGAUGUAUUUGGACGCUUUGCAGAGACAAAGGUUAAUUUAGAUCAGAACUCAACCAUGUGCUCCAAUGGAAGCUCAUUUUUCUCAGUUUCCAAGUUACCUGAAGACUUAAUGAAGCUCAAGAUUGACUCUUCUGAGAAUGGUGAAAAUGGGAACAAGAAUUCAAGUGUUUUUGUAUUUGGGAGUGGUGCAAAUAAUAGCAGCCGUGCAAGCAAGAGUUCAUCAUUCAAUUUUUUGGACAGCACCUUAUCAAAGCUACCUCAGAAAAUGGAGAAGCUGAACUUAGAUAGUUCUGUUGGUGUGUCUCGUGGAGAUUAUGAUGCAGGUGCUGAGAGCAGUUUAAAGAAACAAACUCAGUUCAGUCAGACUUCUCCUUCAGGUAAUAAUGUGGGCGGCUCUAUGUUUCCUGGGGAGUUGAAAAAACAAAACUUACAUAGCUCAGAUAUUGGGGAGCUUGGGAAUGACGAUAAUGGUGUUUUCGUAUUUGGUAGAGGUAUGAGGAAAAAUGCUAAUUCAGGCAAUUUGUCGUUCCAAAGUUUUGAGGAGAGUUCAAUUUCUAAGCUUCCUGAUGAAAUGAAGAACAUGAAGUUGAAUAACUUAGCCAAUGAGGAUGAUUCUCAGAAAAAUAAUCCGGGAAAUACUUGGAACAAUCAUGAUAACAAUGCAGCUCCCAACUUAAGUUCACGUCCGAGCAAAGAAGAUUAUGGUUCAAAAGUCACACCCUUGCAGGCCCAUAACUCCUGUGGGCUGAAUGCAGAACCUACAUCAUUUUCUUCUGCACUACCCAGCUUCCAGAAUUCUAUGAAUCAUCUAUAUUUCACCAGCAUGCGUGCCGGAUCAGACAUGCCCAUGGAAUUUAUAAGUCAAAAGCUUGAUUCUUCUCUGUUGACCAAGGAGAGUCUCUUCACUAAACCGCAAAAGAACAUGACUAAGGAAGAUUCUAAAAACGUCCGGGUAAAGAAUAAAAGAUCUAAAGCAAGGAAAUCUACUCCAAUACACCCAAGUAUAGCUAAACAGUUUGGUUCUGUGGAUAAGGGUCUUGAGGAAAAUCAAGAGCAAGAUUCUACUGGCGCAGAUUCACCAAUGGAUUACUCACCUUAUCAGGAGACUUUAGUAUCUAACUUGUGCUUGGAUGCACAUGUUGAAACUGACAAAUCCAUCCAUUUUGAUUCAAGAUGCGUAUCAAAUGAUGCUCAAAAAUCAGUUUUUGACAUUAAUGAAAGUUUUCAUGAACAUGAAGAAGCAGAUUCUUGUUUUAGAGUUCCUUCUGAGAGACAUUUUACUUCUGUGGAUGAAAUGAAUUCAGGACUUCAGAAAGGAAACCUUGAAGCCAUAAAUGAUAAUUUUGACUCUGUCAUUCAAGCAAAAUCUUCAUCUAUAGAAUCAGAAUCAUUCAGCUAUGACUCAAGCUUAAAAGAGCCUACUUACAAGGGUAAAUUCACGUUAAAUUCUUGUUCACAAGAUGCUGGCCAAUCCAAUUUUAUGUUUGCUGCUACAUCUGUUCAAGGCCCAUCAUCAGUAUCGAAACGGAAUCACCGACGGAAAAUCAAAAUAAAAGGUGGUGAGGAAUCACAUCGUAAUUUUAAGCAGCCUUUGGCUCCUCGACCUUCAAAUACAUUUCUUUUUCCAAAUGCAACAGUGCCCACUGAUACCAAACAAGAGCACAAAGACAUUUUUGAUGGUGCAAGAGAAGAAAAUUUUAAUGCUACAAAAUCUAAACAGGAUUCUGCAGAAGAAACCUGUGAAAAGUGGCGACUCAGAGGUAAUCAAGCUUAUGCAGAUGGAAAUCUUUCUAAAGCUGAAGACUUUUAUAGUCGUGGAGUGGACUCUUUCUCUUUCGAGGAAAUUUCUAAAGGCUGCAGUAGAGCUUUGAUGUUGUGUUAUAGUAAUCGUGCAGCUACACGAAUGUCACUUGGAAGGUUGAGGGAAGCACUUGAUGACUGUAAGAUGGCUAUCACAAUUGAUCCUAGCUUUCUUCGAGCCCGAGUAAGGGCUGGGAAUAUCCAUCUUUCUCUUGGAGAGACUGCAGAUGCCCUGCAACAUUUUGAGAAGGUCUUGCAAUUAGACAAGGAGGCAAAAUCUGACCAGAAAAUUCUAUUAGAGGCCAUUGAUGGCAUUGAAAAAACUCAGAAAUUGAAUAAUUUAAUGGAUCAAUCUUCCAUCUUCUUGACAAAAUGGACUCCAGACGAUGCAGCUAAAGUUUUCGAAAUGGUCUCCGAGGCACUCUCCAUUGCUCCUCAGUCAGAAAUCUUGUUAGAAAUGAAGGCUGAGGCUCUACUGAAGCUACGGAACUAUGAUGAAGCAAUUCAGGUGUGUGAGCAGACACUGGAAUUUGCCGAGAAGAAUUCUCGUGUUACUGAAACUGAUUCUCAGUCUAUGGACAGAAAUUGUUCCAAAUCUAUUAAAAAGUCCCAUGCUAGGUUUUGGCGUUGGCGCAUCAUCUCGAAAUCUUAUUUUUAUUUAGGAAAACUUGAGGAGGCUAAUGAGCUACUUCAGAAACUCGAAAAAAUGAAGCCUGAUAUCGACAAGUAUCCGGAAGCUUCCACAUCAUUUUUUGUCACUGUAUGCGAGCUUCUACGCCUAAAAACUGCAGGAAAUGAAGCAUUUCAAGCAGGAAAGCAUCUGGAGGCUGUGGAGCUUUAUACAGCUGCUUUAACAUUGAAUACGGAAUCCCGUCCUUUUACGGCAAUAUGUUUCUGCAACCGUGCUGCUGCAUACCAAGCUCUGGGCCAAAUUACUGAUGCUAUUGCGGAUUGCAGUCUUGCUAUUGCUCUCGACUCUACUUAUAAAAGGGCAAUUUCUAGAAGAGCCACUUUACAUGAAAUGAUUAGAGACUAUGGGCAGGCAGUCACUGAUCUUCAAAAGUUGACUUCUCUUCUUGAGGUGCAUUCGGAUGAUAAAAACAGUGCUAGUGGAUCCCUUGGUAGAUCGAGCAGUAACUUCGAAGAUCUCAAUCAAGCUCGAAUGAGGCUUUCGAGAGUCGAAGAUGAGGCCCGAAAAGGAGCAACAUUAAAUAUGUAUAUGAUAUUGGGAAUUGAAAGUUCAUGCUCUACUACAGAUGUGAGGAAAGCUUAUCGCAAAGCUGCACUGAGGCAUCAUCCUGAUAAGGCCGGUCAAUUCCUAGCUCGAAGUGAGAAUGGUGAUGAUGGAGUUUGGAGAGAAAUUGCGGAAGAAGUCCACUCGGAUGCUUCUAGAUUAUUCAAGAUGAUCGGGGAGGCAUAUGCGAUUCUCAUAGACCCAUCGAAGCGCCAACAAUAUGAUAUUGAGGAGGAGUUGAGGACUAUGAAGAAAAACUAUGGCUCUUAUGGCGCAAGUAGUUCGACCCGAACCCAAGCUAGCAGCAACAGCAGCCAACAGGAAAAACCUUUCAAUUCACAUCACUGGAACCCGUAUAGAAGUUCGUAUUGGCGGAGAUCGGAGGGAUGAUUUCUGCACCAUGCUUCAACUUGGAUCUGUAGAAGAAGCUGGAAGCUGCAUUGCCUGCUGAUAGUCUGCCAUUAAGAGCUGUGAUUUCAUGGAAUAUGAGGGGGCUGACUGUCAAAAUGUUGGAAGAGUGCAUUUUUCUGUAAAUAAUUUCGCUGAGGGGUUGAUUGAGCCAUUUGGAGCAGGGAUUGGAUUGGCGGGAGAGAUCGGCUGGGUGAUUGCAAAUGUAAAAAGAGGAAUUAUAUUGGAGAUUGGAGUGGAGAGUUAUUCGUCUGGUUUGGUGAGGAAUAUUUUCAAUUUAGUGCUAUAGUUUAUAUGGUAUUGCCUUUGGUUUUAUUUAAUUGGGCAGAAAUGAAAGGUAUUAUUUAGUUGAGAUUGUUGGAAAUGUAUGUUGCUUCCUAGAAUUCUUUUUUCACGAGGCACAUUUCUUAUUUGAAUGUUAUUGUUUGUUUUUUGUCACAA